AUGUCGAGGCGAGGAGGAUUUGGAGGCAGCAUAAGGUGUCAAGAGUGUGGGAACAAAGCUAAGAAAGAUUGUGGGUUCAUGAGAUGCCGUACUUGCUGCAGGAGCAGAGGACUUGAUUGCCAAACUCAUGUUACAAGCACUUGGGUUCCUGCCUAUAGAAGGCGUCAAAAGCACCCACAGCUUAACCCUAAAAGGCUUAGACAAAAUCCUCCUUCAGGGUUAAAAGUGGGGAAUUAUCCCGCUGAAGUGACUUCCGCAGCGACGUUUCGAUGUGUUCGAAUGAGCUCCGUUGAAGAUGGAGGUGAUCAGUAUGCUUAUCAAGCAACUGUGAAUAUUGAAGGGCAUGUGUUUAAGGGUAUUCUCUAUGAUCAAGGCCCUUAUCAAUCACUAGGCGAAUGCUCCUCUAGAGAAACGCAUUCACAGCAAAAUCAAAUGAACGCUGCUGCUCUAACAACAGCUGCUGUUGCUGUUACUUCUGCUGCAGAAAGUCAUCUUCCUUCAGCAUAUGCAUCUUCCUUUAAUGCUUUCAUGUCAGCUGGUACGCAAGCUUUCUCCACCCGAAACCUUAGUAACUCUUCGUAUACGAGGAAUGAAAGGGAAAUUUUGCUUUAG